GCAGAUACGACAUUUGCAACACCUGCUGCAACACAUCCGCGCCUCUGUCGGGGUCGGAGUCACCACCGCAAUACCAUAUACCAUGGCGGCUGCAAUUCAACGACAAAUAGACGAAGGUGCCGUUCCGAACCACGUCUCCAAUGUUUGCCCAAAGGGCACCAAGUUCUGGCUGCUAGAGGUCGGAUGGCUGGAGUGCGAUGAAGGCUUCGUUGUACGAGGCGGGAACACCAGCUUGCACAGCACGAAAGAUCAGCCAUUUGUGAACAAACGGAGACAACUGCCCAUGUACUGCAUCCUGAUUGAUCAUCCCAUCGAAGGUGUGAUUUUGUGGGAAACAGGUUGCGGAAAGGACUAUCCUACCGUCUGGGGACCUCAGCUUUCCGACGUCUUUACUCGAGUCAAGUACGAAUCGCACCACGAGCUCGACGCCGCGAUUGAAGCGACAGGGCACAAACUGGAAGAUGUGAAGAAGAUCAUCAUUGGACAUCUUCACCUCGAUCACGCAGGCGGCUUGGAUUUGUUCCUCGACAGGAAGGACAUCGAAAUAUGGGUGCAUGAUCUUGAAUUGCGCUCGGCAUUCUGGUCGGUCGCUACGGGUGCCGAUGUGGGCGUGUAUCUGAAGCAUUACUUGAGACUGGAUCUCAACUGGAAGACAUUCGAUGAGAGGACGUUGGACUUCUGCCAAGGUAUCACACUUCACCACCUACCGGGCCACACGGACGGCUUGAUCGGAAUGCAAAUCAACAUGCCCAACAGCGGCACCUUCCUCUUCAUCAGCGACCACUGCCACGUCAUCGAGAACUGGCGGGACGGCAUUCCCCAAGGCUGGCUCGCCCGCGAUCAUCCUGCCUGGUUCCGCAGCACCUGCCGACUCAAGCAAAUCGAGCGCCAGACGAGAGGUCAAGUGAUCCCGGGGCACGACGAAGAGACGUUCCUAGGACUUCAGAAGCAGCAGAAGCAGAAUGGGGGCUUCUUCACGUGAAGAGGGGAGUGCAAGAGAGUUUUGUCUGCUUUGCGCCGCUCGUAGCCGUGCAGUCCACAGUCCACACACACAGCGACAAUCACCCCACUGCCGAACAAGCUAAUGUAAUGAGGCGAAAGUCUAUUUACUCCGCAGCUGCCUCUUCAGCUGUCCCUCCCGC